CAGGGAGGGCGGGGUAGAAAUGAGUGACUACUUUUCUUGGAGAAGAGGAAACAUGUGGUUCUCUCCUGGUUUCGGGGGCCAUGGUGAGAAAUCUUGAGGAGUAGCCCAAGUCCCUUUUUGUCGUGCCUCUCCCAACAAUGAGCCUCUUUUGGCUGGUCGUCCUGGAACUCUCUGGCCAGUUAUUUGGGCCCCAGUAGCCCGUCCUGCUCUCCAUGUGCCUUAGCUGGUGAAACCUCUGAUGUCUUAAUGCUGGACCUGCCGGCCAGGCGACACUCCUCAGCAGAAGGCACCCAAGAGUUUAGCAUGUUGCGCCGUUCUCUCGCAGUUGUUUUGAGAAGCCCCUCCAGCGUUUUUAAAAAACAUCUUUUAGUGUGCACGUGCUCCGUUUCUCUCCCCGAGAUGAUGCUCUCUCGCGAACAGGACUGUGGUGUCACUCCCUCCCCAAGCCUGGCUGUCUUGAGGCGGGACUUGGGGAAUUCGAGGAGCCACCCUCUUAGAAGUCUUGAGUAGGCGCCAUCCAGACAGCGCGUGGGUGAGCUGACAAGAAAGCAAGCUAAUUAGACAAAAUAACCUGUAGCAGUAGCUGGGAUACCUAGAUGCUGAGCUGAAUCUCUCGGAGGACUCUCAGGCUGCGCUCUCUCUUCUGCCCUGCCUCAUUUUCUGCUGACAUUAGAAGGCACACGAUGGCAGAAUUCCUUACAAGGAACUGUUCAGAGUCAGUGCCCCCACGGAGUGGCUAACCUCUCGCCUGGAGGGCGCUGAGAAAGGAGCCUCCCCGGAAACAGCUGCUCCCAAGCCUCUUCAUAUGCCUGAAACUGGACUCCAGACGCGACGCUGGGAUGCUUGCUUUUAUUUUAUUCAAGUUUCUGAGCACAGAUAUUGACAACUGGAUUUGGGAGCCAAUCAAGAGUCAAAUUCAAAGUGGUACUCCUGGGCUCUCCAUUCUAACUCCAACUGAGUCUAAAAGAGAUGAGGCUCCUAAUUAGCUGACUUCGGUUCUGGAACUCAACUUGACAGAGCUAGCUUGACUGCUACGUGGACUGCAGGGGCUAUAAGAUUCUUUUGGGGAUGGUUUGGGGGAUGCUCUGAACACUAGAGCACAACACUCAAAAUCUCCAUAAUGGAUAGAGUUUAUGAAAUUCCUGAUGAGCCAAAUAUGGAGCAGGCUUCAUCUGUGGAGGAAGAUGUCAUCCGAGGGGCCAGCCCCCGCUUUACUUUUCCAUUUGGUAUUCUCUUUUCCACCUUUUUAUACUGUGGCGAGGCUGCAUCUGCCUUAUACAUGAUUAGAAUCUAUCAAAAGAAUAAUGAAACAUUCUGGAUGACAUAUACAUUUUCUUUCUUUAUGUUUUCAUCUAUUAUGGUGCAGUUGACCCUCAUUUUUGUCCACAGAGAUCUGGCCAAAGAUAAGCCGCUAUCAUUAUUUAUGCAUCUAAUCCUUUUGGGACCUGUUAUCAGAUGUUUGGAGGCCAUGAUAAAGUACCUCACACUGUGGAAGAAAGAAGGGCAGGAGGAGCCCUAUGUCAGCCUCACCCGUAAGAAGAUGCUAAUAGAUGGUGAGGAAGUGCUGAUAGAAUGGGAGGUGGGCCACUCCAUCCGGACUCUGGCUAUGCAUCGCAAUGCCUACAAGCGUGUGUCACAGAUUCAAGCCUUCCUGGGUUCAGUGCCCCAGUUGACCUAUCAGCUAUAUGUGACCCUGAUCUCUGCAGAAGUCCUCCUGAGUAGAGUUGUGCUGAUGGUGUUUUCCUUGAUAUCUGUCACCUAUGGAGCUACCCUCUGCAAUAUGUUGGCUAUCCAGAUUAAGUAUGAUGACUACAAGAUUCGCCUUGGUCCACUAGAAGUCCUUUGCAUCACCAUCUGGAGGACAUUAGAGAUUACUUCUCGCCUUAUGAUUCUCGUGCUUUUCUCAGCCACCUUAAAGUUGAAAGCUGUGCCCUUCUUAAUUCUCAACUUCCUAAUCAUCCUCUUUGAGCCUUGGGUUAAGUUCUGGAGAAGUGGUGCCCAGAUGCCCGAUAAUAUUGAGAAAAAUUUCAGCCGGGUUGGCACUUUGGUGGUGCUAAUUUCAGUCACCAUCCUCUAUGCUGGCAUUAACUUCUCUUGCUGGUCAGCAUUGCAGUUGAGGUUGUCAGACAGAGAUCUUGUGGACAAAGGUCAAAACUGGGGACAUAUGGGAUUACACUAUAGUGUGAGGUUGGUGGAAAAUGUGAUAAUGGUCUUAGUUUUCAAGUUCUUUGGAGUUAAAAUAUUACUGAAUUACUGUCAUUCCUUCAUUGCUUUGCAACUCAUUAUUGUGUAUCUGAUUUCCAUUGUCUUUAUGCUCCUUUUCUUCCAGUAUUUGCAUCCAUUGCGCUCUCUUUUUACCCAUAAUGUAGUGGACUAUCUCCACUGUGUCUGCUGCCACCAGCACCAUCAGAGAAGAGCUGAGAACUCAGAGCCACCUUUUGAAGCUGACACAAGACAAAACAUUGUCUGAUUCUAUUUCAUGGCUAUCAUGGGAUGAGUUGAAGGAUGCUAAUAGGAGCUAUGAAAUUGAAAGAGAGGAUGAAAUUCAUGGAUAAGUAAUCAACAGAAAAUUUUCUUGCAAGCCUAUCAGAAGAAAGGGUGACCCCUAGAUAUGUUUUACUUCUUUAAUAUUUAUUGCUAGUCUGGCAUGGUGGCGUACACCUUCUAUCCCAGCUACUUGGGAGACUGAGGAGAUUACAGUGUUGAGGCCUGGCUGGGCAAUGUAGCAAACAUAUAAGUAAGUAAGUAAAUAAAUAAAUAAAUAAAUAAAUAAAUAAAUAAAGUUAAACUGUGAUGUUCCUGAGUGGUAUAAUGAUUUCCUAGCAUGCACAAGGUCCUGGGUUCAAUGCCUAGUACCAGGCAAAUGGAAAAAAAAUUACUAUUAUUUUUAUAUUCCAGAUAUCUUGGUUACUCUUCUUGUUGCUGAGACAAAAUAGCUACCCAAAAUUAAAGGGGAAAAGGUUUAUUUUGCUCACAGUUUGUGGAGGUUUCAGUCCAUAAUCAGCUGGCUCCAAGGCACCGUGGCACAUGGUAGAUGGGCAACAGUUUACAGAGGAACAAGAUAGCAAAAGCCUCAAGUUAGCAAGACAAACCUCUUUCUGUCCCUUAUAUUGUAUGCAGUCUACCAGGAUCAGGGCAGUUCUAAUUCAGUCAGUGGACUGAUCCAGCCAUCACUCACCCAUAACCGUGUUGCAUUACAAAUCAAUUACAUGCUCGUGAUUCAGCCACCUCAAAAUAAUAUUCUAUGACUGCAUGAGGCUUUGGGAGUACAUCUUGGCACAAACCAUAACACCAGGGAUAUCCACUAUAAAGUUGCAAGGGUCAUAAAUACUGUUCAUAUCACUGCUAAUCAAGUCAUCUGGGAUAAAUUACCUUCAAGCACCUUGAACUCUGUGAUUUUCCAGACUGCCCAAUUGCUUAAGGAAUUACUGAUCUUUUCCUUGCUAAACUGUAAACUCAGAAUCUCCUGAUUAGAGGAUGCAACAGCUUGCUACCUAUCAAUGCUCCCAGGAAAUAAUCUAUUGUGGAAUCUGUGUGCCUGGAAUGUUAAUUCGGGUUAGAAUGUUAAUUCUGGCUCAGAAGAAAACCCUCACUGUUAAAAGAGCUAUCCCCACAAUAUGUUAGGUCUCCAUUAGAAUUUUCUUAUAGUCAUUAAGCAAAGAGGGUAUGCAGAGUAGAAUUUCUUUGGGGUGUAAAAAAUGACUCUUUUCUUAGAAACCUGUAUGAACCACCAGCUUGUCAAGAAGAAUUAUUGAGUGAAAUCUCUCGCUGCUUCAUUUAUAUGGAAUCCCUCCAACCCAAUUUUCUGUGCUCUUACUAUUCAAUGUGAACCUCAGGGAAGCUCAACUCUAAUUGGGAAUGUUUCUAGUGUGUGAAUAAAGACUGCUUUGUGUCUGC